CUGAGGGUGCAUGACAGAACGAUGGUGGCUCCACCUGAAAGAUAUAAAGAUCCGUCCACAUCAAUCAUAGACCUGGAUGUGUCUGAAGACAACAGAGAGACGAGUGGGGAUGAAGAGGAUCAGCUUGUUUGUGGAGAGGCUCUGAAUACAAAUGAGAAGUUAAGUUUCACACCUGAACUGCUGACUGAGUCUGGACAGACUUCAUACAGGUUCAGGUGUCCUGGUCCAGGGGCGUUCCAGUGUGCUUUCACUGACAUGGUGUUUGUUGUAAGGCGGAAGGCGGAGCUGCUGUACAGAUCUGUCCAAUGGGAUGAGAGCCUCCUCCAAUCAGCUGGAAAGACGGCUGCAGGGUCGCUGUUCGAUAUCAAGUGUCCAGAGGAUGCUGCUGUCAGUCACCUCCACCUGCCACACUGUGAAAUCAUGGAUGCUCUGCUGUCUGAUGGUGUGUUGACUGUCGUCCACAUCACUGAUGAUGGGAUGAGUGUCCUCAAGCCGCUGAAGAUCACAGACUCUCAUGUGGUUGUCGAAGUCCGUCACCUCUCUCUCUUUGGCCUGGUCUGGGAUCUUGUUGAGAGGUUGUGGACAAAACCAGUUAAUGGUCGAGUUCAGCUGUUCCUCGGACCACAACUCCAAGAAAGUAAAACACUCUAUGUUUAUCUCCUGCCCAGGAACGUCGAUCUGAAAGAGGUCAUGAACAGUCAACAGUUGCCUUAUGAGUACAUCGAGACCACUCCUCGAUGCAGACUCAUCAAGAAUCAAAGUUACAGUCUUGACUGUCCUGAGGCCACUGAAAUUCAGCCUGAGGAAGAAGAGUUCGACAUGGACUUUGGACCAAAUUAUGAUCCCAUGUUUGAGAUCUUCCUGCCUACAAACACAAAGACUGUGACUGUGACAGUCCAAGACCAAACACAGGAGCGUGUUUGGUCGCGUAAAGUUAAUCUGCCCGCUUCAAGAACGGGGACUCAACAGAGCAACAUCCCAGCAGAGGACAGAGUCCCAGCAGAGGUCAGAGUCCCAGAAGAGGACAGAGUCCCAGCAGAGGUCACAGUCCCAGCAGACCAGAGGCUGUUCUCAGUUCGUACAGAGUUUAUAGACAGAGUGUCUGGACCUGUUCUGAACCAGCUUCUGGAUAAACUUCUUGCACGUGGCAUUAUAAAUGAUCAUGAAACAGAGUCAGUCAGAGGAAAAGUCAGAGCAGACAAAGCACGAGACCUGAUCGACACAGUGCGGAAUAAGGGAGCUGAAGGCAGCUCAGUCCUGAUCGCUGCUCUGUGUGAGGUGGAUCCAUGUCUUUCCAGAGAGCUUAACUUAAGCUGAAGCAAAAGCAAGAAACAGCUGACUGUUCUACAGUGUCACUGUCGUCUUUAAAUGAGACGUUUUGUUGUUUUUAAGAAGCGGACUAAGCCUCACACUGAUGGAACAAAACCUGGACUGCAUUGGAUGGAUGCUGAGCAGGAAAAUUAAGAGUCCGUUAAGAGUUUGUGUCUGCAGACAUGAACUAAAACAGACAGAUGCUGAUGCUGUAGUUAAACAGACUUUAAAUGAAACAUGCAGACACUCAAAGUUUGACCAAAGUGAGUUGCCGAGCGAUCGCCUUGAAACCAGAAGGAUCUGGAGAGGAUCUGCAAAGAGGAGUGGACCAAAAUAGUUCCUGAGAUGUGCACAAACCUGAUGACCGACUACAAGAAACAUCUGACCUCUGCAUGCCAACAAGUGUUUCUACACCAAGUACUGAGUCCUAUUUUGUUACUUAUUUCCCUCAAUCAAAUGCAGAUCAAUGUAUAACUUUUAUAAAUAAGUGAUUUUCUGUAUAUAUUUUUUAUAUUCUGUCUCUCUCUGUUUAAAUAAACCUUCCAUUAAAAUUAGA